AUGGCGGAGAACCAGGGCUGGUGGAGGCUCACCUUCCUGCGGAAGCGCAAGUCCAUGCCCAAGGUGCUGUACGAGAGCCCGGACACGCACGGCAGCGAGGGCCACGAGGGCGCCGAGGGCGCCGAGCCGCCCGGCUUCGCCGCCCGCCUCGAGAAGAUCGUGGAUAAGAGCAGCAAGGGCAAACACGUCAAGGUGUCCAACUCGGGCCGCUUCAAGGAGAAGAAGAAAGUGCGGGUGACGCUGGCCGAGAACCCCAACCUCUGCGGCGCCGGCGAGCGGGAGGAGAAAUGAGGCGGCGGGGCU